AUGUUUAUCAAGCAGCCUCAAGUAUGCAGAAUGAUACAGUUUAUCUUAUUCACUGCUUUCAUUUCAAAAACCAUUUCACCCGCGGUGGUACCACUUAUAGUUGGCAAGUUCAAACAUAUUGAACAGAUCACCAACAAAGCACACAGAGGACAGAUAAUCGGCGAUACUGUCAAAAACGGAUCAGCAGCCAAUAUCCAUAUGGACUCUAAGAUCAACCCGAACCUUGCAAAUCCGAAACCUUCAACCCAGUUCCGCUGGGGUGAUCAGUCCGCCCCGAACAUAGAGUCUAUUCCAAAAGUUGCGGAUGAAAAUGCCGGAGGGUACGAUGACCAUCUUGAUAGAGCAAUCAAAAAUCGUCGAGCCAAAAUGAAACAAACACCAAGAAGAUAUUACAAGUAUCGUUCAGAAUCACCUCGAUUGCAAUUCAAGACUUAUUUCCUAGACCCGUGGAAGAGUUUCUUUUUGAAGAUGAUCUCAUCUUUGAAGCCGUUUGUGUUGUACUCUGAAUCCAAAAAUGUGGGCUUAACUUUCAACAUCCAAGACGUGUGCUGUAACAUUUAUUUUAGUAACCACUCCUCACGAUAUUAUAAACCUGAUCCUGACCUGACCCCUGGUGUAGAUCUCUUUGGGCUUGUCCAUAAAGUACAUCACGGAUUUAGUAAACCCAGCAAUCUUUCUAUGCAUCAAACAGUAUUUGAGCUUGGACAUGGCAAAAAACGUGGUGAAAUCGCUACAAGUAAUGAACAGCCAUUUAUUGACAUCCACUCGCGUAAGAUUUUGGGAAGAAUAUGCAUCUCAAAUGAUAUUUUCAUUUAUUGGAAAGGGUUUUUGAAAUAUGACCUCUUUGCUCAAAAAUUUGCGGCUGUUGUAAAGUGA